AGAGGACUGUUCUGUUGACAAACAAAUCAAUAAUUGCAGCUCCACUGACCUUUAAAUAUGGCUAAUUUACAAACCUUACCUCCAGGGUGGGACUACAGAAUAGACGAAUGUAGUGGAAAAUACUACUAUAUUAACCACUACACACAGACAACUACUUGGGAAGAUCCAAGGCUUCGUCUUAAGUCUAUUCAUGGGGGGCCAAAACAUUUAACAAAUAUGCAGUCGGAGUAUAUACCCUUGCAGCACGGAUCACCAGAUUUACGAAGGAAUUAUGUCUACCCUAGUCAGCCCCCUCCUAUUCCAGCAUUUCAAAUGCCAGCACGUAUGAGCCCUAAAAGUGUUCCUCUACAGGAUAUAAAGCCGCGAAUGAGUCCACUGACAUUGAGAACAUCUAAAGUUCAAGAUAGUUCUUUGACAGCAUUAACAGAUACUGAUGAAGCAGUUUCAAAAAUUUCUGCAAUGUUUCCAACCGUAUCUGAUACCCAUAUCAGACUGCUUCUGAAAAAUUCCAGGUACAUGAAGUCAAUUUUCCCGGAAGCCGAUGAAACUCUUAUCUUAGAAAUUCUGCAGAAUAAUGAACACAACAUUCAGAAGGUUUCCGAUGUCCUCAAAGAAAUGGGCUACGCUAAAAAAGAUACUGUCAAGGUGGCACAACAGAAGAUGGAGGCUAAAAAACAGGAGAAACAAAAAGAAGAAGAAGAGACAAAAGAGAAACCACCAAGUCCUCUACUGAAAAUCAAAUCAACGGAAGAAAAGCAGCAGAUUAAAACGAAUCUACAGGAAAAGUAUAAAGAUGUACCUGAGCAUUUGAUAUCUAUGGCCCUUGAGAGUGUUAAUUUUGACGAGAAUAGGGCGAAUCAAAUUUUGCAGAUUAUGAUACAAGAGGACACCGAAGCUGCAGAUAAUAAAAAAAAGCAGCAAGAACAGGACUCUUCUGAAAUUGAUCCGGAUUCCGUUCCGAGUACCUCUGCAGCGACCGUUUCAAAUAUUUCAGUAUCCCAGAGCAGGCAGUCGUUAAAAUCAUUGCUAAAAGAAAAAUCCGACAAAGAAAAGUCUACAUUUGUCAGGGUAAUUGAAGAGCACGAUUCACACUCAAAAAAUUUAGCCAGUACCAAGGGCCACAAUCCUUUAUAUGCAAAAGGUGCCAAUGAAAAAUUACUUCUAGAGGAUUAUGUGAAGUGGCAAGGAACAAAUGCGACUUUUAGAAAAGGUCCUGGAGGUUUGGCCAAGGGUCCAAAUCCGGAACUUUUGUCGGAAAGAACUUACCAGGUUUGCGGUCCAAACGCAGAAAUACGAAAGGGUCCCAAAAGAAAUUUGGCCAAAGGCUCGAUCUUUUCUCAACUUAAAAAUGCUAUUGUUGGGGAAUCUCGCGGCAAAUAACAUUAUGUUUGUAACAUAUUGUAAACGAAAAAAGACCCACUUAACGUAAUAGCACAUUUCUUGAUGUUUGUUUAAAAUAAUGGUAAUGUAGUUAUUGUUGUUAACGAUAAGUUUUAGUGUAAUGUAAAGUUGCGUUAAUCCAGCUCAAGUAAAUUGGGGAAGCAAAAAAGCUAAUAAUACUCUCAACUUAAACUUGAAAGACCAAAGUUCUAUACCAAAUAUUUUUGUUUUAUAUUUUUUAUAUGCUACUGUUUAAGUUUCCUCUUAUUUUAUCUUACUUUUUGCAUUGCAAGUCCGAUCUUACAAAGAAAAAGGUGAAGGAAAAGUACAACCCAACGAAAUAUUUUUUGAUAGCCACAUUGUCACCUCUUUAUCGUUUUACACUGUAUCGCAAAUAGAGAAUGCAUCAAAAGGCUUCAUUCGAGCGUCAUCGCUUAGUUGCAUGUUCACAAUUUGGAAGGGUCUGAUUACUUCUUAAGUGCAUUAUUUUUUUUAAAUUUCUGUUAUGUUUAUUAUUGUUUUUUUGAACAGAGAACUUUUUUCUCCCAGAUGCUGUUAAUUUGACAGAAGUAGCGUACCUUUAUAACUACCGGUGCAAACUGAUAUGAACUUCGUUAGCUUACUAUUUUCACUUGGUAAAUGAUACUUGAUAGCUACGACAUACACAUUUAAAGUGAAUGUUUGUUAAACUCUUAAAAAGUUGUUUUCUAAAAUGCCAAAAUUUUAGUUACAAAAUUUUUCUUAUUUUCGACACGUCUGUCGAAGACGAUCUGUGGAUACCUUAUAAAUAUCGAAUAUUGAAAAAUUAUUAAUUUUUUGUCUUUUGACUGAUAUAAUGUAUCAUUGAAUUGGCGCACUUAAAACUACAUUUUUCUAGAUUUGAACAAAGGCAGAACUUUUUAACAAGGAUUACAUUUUUUCAUAAAAUAAAAAGAGUCCAAAAUACACAAAUUCUUUGAAAUAUUAAAAAAAUUAUUCCAAAUAAUUGUUAGCUACUUGUAAAAAACAAACUCUAUAUGUUUAAAAAAUAUAUUGAUUAUUUCUAAUUAUGGUUUACGUUUGCAGAAGUUCUGUUGAAACUUUAAUUAUUAUCUACAAGCUUAUUUAAUACAAUUUUCUAUUGAAUUAUAUUCUGAAUAAUUUAGGCAUAAUAUUUUACCAUAUUUUUAUAACAG